AUGACGUCAUGUAACAGAAAGUUAAAAAAAAAAAUGACGUUUAUUAUUGUUGAGCAUGGAGCAAACGAGAAUUUGAUUUUGAACCCCGAUUGUUGUUGCAAAACUUUUCUAAACUACAUAAGAAAAAUAUGCAACGUAAAUCCUGAAGAUGUGGUUGACUUGAUCGAUGAGAAUGCACAGGUGUCUGAGCUCUUCCUGAAGAACCCCUCAGAGAAUCUGAAUUCCAUGUUCACUCACCGAGGCGUAUACAUCCUGGCUUCCAUCGAAAUGUACGAAGACAACACAAUCAAGAAAAUCACACCAUUGUUACAAGACUGGCAGAAAAAGUACCAUCUCUUGGAAACGUUUUGCGAUAUCGAGAGCGGGCGUGUGCAGUGGCCAUUAGUAGCCCCAAUUCAGUAUGUAAAUUCACUUUAUUCUCUUUCUGUUAUUGUGAGCGAAGCACCACAGCCACACCCCAAAGAGGCCAAAGAAAGGAAAUUUCUUCGAAGGUUGAGCAACAAAACUCACAACGGUCCAACUGCAGGUCGGAAGGAAAGCAAGUCACCGGAUGUUACCUCUUCUCCAAAAAAGACAAAGAAGAAGCUUAAAAUAUUGAUAUAA